UAGCUGCCGAUAGCUGCAGACCGCUCUCCUGUCCGGCAUGACCUGCUGAUCACCAUCAGUCGCUAUACGUGCAGAUUUCUCCUGAGUGCAGGUCGAUCAGAAGACGUGCUCCGUUUCCUGGUCUGCUUUAGUCUCGUGCACGCAGGGCGCGGUGGCUUGCAGCUGCACCAUGAUCUCCAAGAUUUCUUUGUGCCCCCAGUUUCUUCUCCGGACCAACCGUGUUUUCACCAGAUCUUCAGAGGUCUUACAGAGACAAUGGACACGUCAUCCAGGACUACCUGCAGCGAGUCGUGGUAUUCAUGUGGAGUCUCCGCCCAUCAUCCCGACUCUCACCACCAGCUACGCCCACGGCACAUCCUCCACAUCUCUGCACCACAUCACCAUAGGAGAGGCUCUGCUGAAGGCUGUGGAGCGCACGCCUGACAGGGAGGCCGUGGUCUUCGUACAAGACGGAGUCCGCAAGACCUUUGCACAGUUUCAGCAGGAUGUGGAUCAAGCUGCAGCCGGGCUGCUGGCAAUCGGACUGCAAAAAGGAGACCGGCUCGGGAUGUGGGGGCCAAACACUUACGAAUGGGUCCUGUUCCAGUUUGCCACAGCCAGAGCUGGCAUUAUAUUGGUAUCUGUGAACCCGGCGUACCAGCUGAAGGAGGUGGAGUUUGCAUUGCGGAAGGUCGGGUGUAAAGCCAUAGUGUGCCCGACGCAGUUUAAGAAUCAGAAGUACUGUGACAUGCUGAGACAGAUCUGUCCGGAGAUCGAGACCUCCGCUCCCGGAGACAUCAGGAGUGCACGACUCCCAGACCUCCGCUCUGUGAUUGUCAUUGAUAGUCGGCAACCAGGAAUGCUUCAUCUUGAGGACGUCAUGCAGGCGGGCAGCAGCCAGUACAUGCAGCAGCUUCAGGAUCUGCAGAAGAAGAUCUCCUUUGACGACCCCAUAAACAUCCAGUUCACAUCGGGAACAACUGGUGCUCCAAAGGGUGCCACCUUAUCUCAUCACAACAUCAUCAACAAUGCCUACUUUGUUGGCAAGAGAGUGGGAUACACAUGGAGGCCGGACCUUCGGAUCUGCCUGCCUGUGCCCAUGUACCACUGCUUCGGCUCUGUGGGCGGGGGGAUGUGUAUUGCCGUGCAUGGCAUCUCCAUUAUAUUCCCCUCUGCAGGGUACGAUGGGAAGGCCACUUUAGCAGCUCUGGAGAGUGAAAGGUGCACCUACAUCUACGGCACCCCCACCAUGUAUGUUGACUGGAUCAGCCAGCCAGACUUGGCUAAACAUGACUUGUCGUCUGUUCACACAGGCAUCAUGGCGGGUUCCCCUUGUCCUCCAGAAGUUGUGAAGAAGGUCAUUACUGCGAUGGGCGUCAAAGAAAUAACAAUUGCAUACGGCACCACAGAGAACAGCCCCGUGACUUUCUGCGGGUCUCCGUCAGACAACCUGGAGAGGAAGUGUGACACCGUUGGCUACAUCAUGGACCACAUAGAGGCUAAAAUCGCAAACCCUUCAACAGGAGAGAUUUUGCCUCUGGGGAUGCUGGGAGAGAUCAUGAUCAGAGGCUACUGCGUGAUGUUGGAGUACUGGGGGGACGAGGCCAAAACAAGAGAGUGCAUCACUAAAGAAGGAUGGUACAAAACUGGAGACAUCGGCAGGUUGGAUGCACACAGCUACCUCCGAAUCGAGGGCCGGAUCAAAGACAUGAUCAUCAGAGGAGGAGAGAACAUUUACCCCGCGGAGAUCGAACAGUUUCUGCACACGCACCCCAAAAUCAAGGAGGCCCAGGUGGUCGGAGUUAAGGAUCCCCGCAUGGGGGAGGAGGUCUGCGCCUGCGUCAAACUAGUAGACGGAGAGGACUGUACUGCAGAAGACAUCAAAGCUUACUGCAAAGGACAGAUCGCUCACUUCAAGAUUCCUCGCUACGUACUUUUCGUGACCAGCUACCCGCUCACCAUCACUGGAAAGAUCCAGAAGAACAAACUCCGCGAGGAGGCUGAGAAGCUGCUCGAACUGAGGAUGAAAAAAUGAGGACCAGCUCAUGUAUAGAGAAUUCAACUACUGUUGUUUGGGGAAGUUACUGAGCCUUUUGUAAAUUAUAUAUAUUUACUUGGGACCCAUUUUUAAGAAUUCUAUCAGUAGGGACCAAUAUUUUUAGGGUUGAGGAACAUACACAUGUUAGGGAAGUUGUAAAGUAUUUCCAGACGGACUUACACAUUCUUGGUUUUGGUGUUUUCAAAGUAUUUGAAAACAACAAAAAUACAGUCUUAUAUUUAACAUGCUCCUCUGUAACAACAGAGUUGUAAUAGGAAAUGUGAACAUGCAGUAUACAGAAAAUAAGCGCAGAAAUUGUUGUAGAUGUUGACCAACGCAGUUCUCCACUGUUCUUUUUCAUUCUGCGCAAAGCUUUUCAAAUAUUCUAAGAUCAACUUGAAAUAAACUUUGUACUACAUUAUUAAAA